UUCAGAAAUCAAUUACAAAGCAAGACGUAAGAGUAUUGUAAUAGCAAAUGGACAGGUGUUAAUAACAAGCAACUGAAAGAAAUGAACGUUCAAAAACAUGAAAAGCCAUCUCGUGCAAUAAUGAGAAAUAUAAAAUAUCUGGUGAUCGUGCUGAGUCUACUUUUGAGGCUUACAAAUUCAUCAAUUACUGGAAUAACAUACAUGGAUGACUCUGAUUUUAGACAAAAAUAUAGAAAUGUUUACGAAUGCGAUCCUUUAUACUGGCACCCGUUGCAUCUGCCUGACCAUUGUCUCGAGAUGUUUGAGAACUUAAUACGUUCAGGACCUACGCCUCCUUAUACCAUUGUUAAAGAAAGGGGAGCGUCAGUCUCAAACUUUUAUACACAUAAUAAUUAUUACUAUAACAGUGGUAUAUCUUCAACUUCAGGGUUAUUGUAUGCUCUAAACGACGAGUUAUUUACAUUUGAAAAACCCAAGAAGUCAUAUUCACCUUUUGACAAAUUGUUUAAACAAUUGCGAAGCGACAUUGAGCAACUCCCAAGCGGGCCGAAGAUAAGUUUCAUACCAAAUUUAGGACCAGCAGCUUUGUAUCGACAACCAAUUUCUUACAAGAGCGAAAACAUGAUAAAGAAACUUGCAAAAUUAUAUGCAAAUAGUGCACAAUAGCCGUAGCUAUUAAUCACAAUGCUAGCCGAAGGAAAAAUAGGUUUUCAUGAGUUUGUAUUAUCUUAAUCUUAUCUUAAUUUGUAUUAUUAUCAUUUAUGGAGAUUAUUUUAUCGAAACGCAGAAGGUAUGGCUUACUGAGAGAGAAGAAACGGAGCACUAAUCUGAUCCAAUUAAAUA